GUGUGUGUGUGUGUGUGUGUGCGUGCGUGCAGAAAAAAGCUUUUGAUUUGUCACUUCUUGGUCACAUGACUGUACAUCCGCCCUGUGUGACUGUUGCUGUUUGGCAGCUAUGACAACGAACUUUGAAAAGUUGGAUGAAUGGCUUCAAUGAAGAAGAAGCUUUCCUCUUCUAAGGUGCAUCACAAGUCUCUGAAAUGUACCGUAUAUUUGGACAUUCAGACAGUCACAUGUCCAGGAGUGCUCCUGACUAGAAACAACGAUAUCUACCUCAGUGUGUGUAUCAUGGGCCAGUACAGGAAGACUCCCUGUUUGCCACCUGCAUUUCCUUUACUCUUCCACCACAAAAUGGUAUUUGUCAAGACUUUUCCCAGCGUUGUUGACCCUGCUGAUGUAGCUGACCUCCUGGAAGCUGACAUAACAUCUUUUGAGCUGAUUCAGUUGGUGCCUCCAGAGGGUGAGGUCCUGGCGACGAUGGAGGAGGGCAGCAGAGAUUUUCUGUACCCUGGUCCCAGACUGAGCUCCAGAGAAGGAGCGGCAGAGAGAGAAAUACUGAUGAAGAGAUCCUCCUCCUUUCCUGGAAUCUCCCCCAAAGUGGAGUUUGCCACGACAUCAGUCAUAGAAGAGAGUGAUGGGAGAGACAGCUUGUCUGCCUCACCUACUUGCUGUCUUUCUCCAGUGAGGUCAUCUUUAACCCCAUCCAGACAGAGUUCUGCAAAAAAGUAUUCGCCAUCCAGCAGGCAUUUUUCCAAAAUAGAUGAUGCGAACUGUGUCUCUUGGAAACGUAGGUCGGAAAGGCUAGAUGUUGAGGCUAGAAUAACGAACUCUGCACCGACCUCAACAUCCAGACGCUCCCCUUCUUCAUCCCCAUCUGGCCGAAGUCCCCAGAAUAAAAAUAAGGAGAGAAAACACGCUUCUCCUAGAGUUUCUGUAAACUCUGGCUACCAGCAGCCCACAGUUUCGUCGCAGACACGAGCCUUGUCCCCUUACACCCAUCGCAAGAUGUGCCAGCUUUCAGAGGACGCCACGCAGAGGCUUAGCCAUCUCCAGCUGGGGCCUCACCACUUCAGGAAGGAGACUGAGAGCCAGCCGCCCUUCUUGGUCCCUCGUUGCAGUAGUGUCUCUGUGAUUGGAGCUCCUUCCUCCUCGUCACAGAAUAAUAGCAUGCAUCGACACUCAGUCAGCUUCACAGCUGAUCACACAGAUUCUUCUUUCCUGGGGAGUUACAGACCAAGACCAGCCACAGUGAAGUCGGGUUCUGUGAGGGUCCAGUCAUCUCCAGAGACACAGUCCAGACUUGAUGCCCAGAUCAGAAGCCCUGUGAGAGGUGCUGCUUUAGCUCAGUCCACCCUGGCCGUGUCAAACGCCAGAAGUCCUCUGAAUCUCAGCCAUUCCCUCAGAGAAAGGCUCCAGACCAGUCCAUCCUACUGCGAGCAGAUCCACAGCCGAGUCCAGAGAAUUCUGCAGACACACAAAACCACCUGACCACCAAAUGACCUUUGACCUUUAACUUCCUGAUCUGUCCACAAGGUGACCACAACAGGUUACAGGUUACAAUACAAAAACUAUUCACGGUUAAAACAAUCACUUUCCUUUAAACUUUAAAGGAAUGGAUGCACACAGACACACCUUAAUCUUAAAAUC